AUCUGGGUGGCCAACACUGAUCCGAGGACUGUUCCAACCAAGAGCCUUCUCCUACCUGUGACCCGAGUUCCCAGCCCACCCUGGGCCAUGAAAAUCCUUCAUUUUCUUCUUGUUCUCCUCUUGGUGGCAUUUCAUGGAGCUGCAGAGCUGCGACCCUGCUGGUGACUCCCAGGCAUGCGGAUCAUGCCCAUCAUGUGGGCUCUGCUCCUCCUGGUGCUGCAGGCAGUGACAGGGCUCUCCCCGGGCCGAGCAUCAGCGCAGGACUGCGAGCGGCGCGGAGGAUUCUGCUCGCACCGCUCCUGCCCGCCGGGSAUCGGCCGUGUCGGGCUCUGCUCCGAGCAGGAAUUCUGCUGCCGGAUGCGAUGGUACCCCUGAGGAGCUCCCGGAUCCCCGAGCAGAGCAGCAGCUCCUGCCCUCCCUGCGCGGUCGGGACGAUGCUGCCCGGAGGCACCAAGCACCGCUGGGAGCAGCGACACCCCUGGACAGCCAGACCUUGAUGCCAUCCCUUAUCCAGCGUCCCCAGCAUGUCCCCAAUACACGGCGGUGGCCAU